AUGCCGCCUUCCCACCAAUACAGCCACUCCCAAUCCCUCCCCCGCCAUUCCGUCCUGCCGGGCUCCACCACCGCUCCCUCGACCAUGAGCGGCGGCGCCUCGUCCAUGUCGAUGGCCAAGACCCGCCAGUACACCAACCUCCAUAAUCAACUGGCACAGCUGAAUGCCAAUCUGCGGGAUACGGAGAAUUUGCUGCGAAUGACGGCCGUGCAGGCGGAGGAUAUGCGGUUUUUGGGUGGUUAUGUGGGUGCUUUGUUUAUGGGGUCGGCGAAGGUGUUGGGGGAGGAGGGGGUUAAGGGUGAGAAUGUGAGUGAGAAUGAGAUGCAGAUGCAGGGGGGUGGUGGGAGGGAGGGAGGGGAGUAG